AUACUUUUGAGUCCGCCCUUUAGAGCUGGUUUGCUAUUUCGUCAGUGGCAGAAUUCAGCCGUGAGCAUCGAGGAUACAUUGUAAUUUAAAACCUUUCAUCGCCAACAUACUGUAAGUUAACGAGCUGUGAUCAUAUUUGGGACUGCAAUGGAUAAGAUUAGUUUAUCAUUAGAGGCAUAGUGGAAGUGCUCGGGAUUUUUUAAAACCAUAAAACAUGGAACAAAGAGGACGCGGGGCAUUGCAGGAGCGAUGCCAGUGGGUCGCGUUCAUGGUUGCUUUGGUUCUCUUUUGGAGCGGAGCUUCUGCUCAGUUAAGGUACUCAAUCUCUGAAGAGCUUACGGAAGGAACUGUCGUGGGGAAUGUAGCUAAGGAUUUGGGAAUAGAUCUGAGCACCUUGAAGGAUAGGAGAUUUCGAAUCGUGUCUGGCUCGACCGAUCCCCUUUUCCAGGUAAACCAGAAUGACGGCAUCUUGUAUAUGAACCGAAAAAUAGACCGAGAGGAGGUGUGCGAACGGAGCAGCGUGUGUUUAAUAAACCUGAAAACCGUUCUCGAGAACCCGCUGGAGAUCCAUUAUGUAGCGGUGGAGGUGUUAGAUAUUAACGACCAUUCUCCCAGCUUUCCGGAGAAAGAGAAACGUUUAGAGAUAUUUGAGUCAGCGUCACCGGGGGCGAGAUUUCAGCUACAAGCUGCGCGCGACCCAGAUAGAGAUCCAUUCUCCGUUCAACAAUAUAAACUUAGUCACAAUGACCAUUUUCGUUUAGAAGUUAAAGACCGAGGUGAGGAUGGCAAAAUGCCGUUUUUGGUUUUACAUAAACCACUAGACAGAGAAGCAGUAAGGAGCCACAAACUCCUCCUCACUGCCAUUGACGGUGGAAAACCUCCUAGAUCUGGAACUCUUGAAAUAUCUGUUGAUGUAUUGGAUGUUAACGACAAUAACCCAGUGUUCACAGAAGAUAUAUAUAUUGUAAGGUUGACUGAAAACGCUCCUUUGGGAACAAUGGUGUUACGGGUAAAUGCCACCGAUUUAGACAGUGGUCUGAACGGGGAUAUAAUUUAUUCAUUUGGCAAUGACGUCAACAGCAGGUUAAUGAAACUUUUUAAUUUAGACACCGUAAACGGUGAAAUAACUGUGAAAGGACAAAUAGACUUUGAGGAAAAAGAUAGUUAUCUGAUUGAUAUACAGGCAUCAGAUCAAGGACCCGUUCCCCUGACAACGGACAAGAGUGUAAAAAUUAAAAUUGUUGACGUCAACGACAAUGCGCCUGAGAUUGAGGUGACAUCCUUUUCGAAUGCAAUACCCGAAGAUUCCAAGCCCGGAACGACUGUAGCACUAAUCAGUGUUAAUGAUUUGGACUCUGGUCUCAAUGGGAAAGUUAUUUGCUCAGUACUUGAAGAUAUACCUUUCAAACUAAUGCCGUCUUUACAAGAUAACAUGUACUCUGUAAUCACCAAGUCCCCACUGGACAGAGAGAAACAAUCUGAAUAUGAUCUAACAAUAUUUGCUACAGACGCAGGCCAGCCGUCCAUGUCAUCUGUAAAAACUGUAAGGGUUGUUGUAUCAGAUGUGAAUGAUAACUGUCCAGAGUUUUCACUGAGUCCCUAUACGUUCUAUGUCACUGAAAAUAACGACCCAGGUGCCUCAGUAUUUUCGGUGAGUGCGUCAGAUCUUGACAUAAAUGAAAACGGGUUUAUUUCAUAUCAUAUUCUGAGAGACGGUGGUGACGAGAAUAAAUGGGCAUCUUUUCUCAACAUUAAUUCAGAAAAUGGAAACAUUUUGGCGCUAAAAAGCUUUGACUUUGAAACUUUAAAAACAUUCCAAUUCCAAGUUGUAGCUACAGACUCUGGAACUCCGUCACAAAGCAGAAACGUCACAGUGAACGUGUUCAUUCUGGAUCAGAACGACAACGCUCCAGUGAUCUUGUAUCCAGUCAGCCCUAACGGUUCCGCUGAAGGUGUGGAGGAGAUUCCCCGCAAUGUGAACGCAGGCCAUUUGGUGACUAAAGUGAGAGCCUAUGACGCGGAUAUAGGAUAUAACGGCUGGUUAUUAUUUUCACUGCAGGAAGUUACUGACCACAGCCUCUUUGCUUUGGACCGCUAUACGGGACAGAUACGGACACUUCGGUCAUUCACAGAGACAGACGAGGCUGAGCAUAAACUGGUCAUACUGGUAAAAGACAAUGGGAACGUUUCACUGUCAGCAACAGCUACUGUGACUAUCAACGUUGUGGAGCCCAAAGAGGCUUUUGCAGCUUCUGAUGUGAAAAGCUCAGUAAAAGACGAGGAGGAGAACAGCGUUACAUUUUAUUUGAUCAUUACAUUGGGGUCAGUUUCAACGCUUUUUCUCAUCAGUAUCAUCGUGUUGAUUGUAAUGCAGUGCUCCAAACCCACAGACUAUUCAUCCAAGUAUUUACAAGAUGUGAAUUACGACGGGACACUGUGCCACAGCAUCCAGUACAGAUCCGGAGACAAACGGUACAUGUUAGUUGGACCCAGAAUGAGUAUAGGUUCUACAAUAGUCCCGGGAAGCAAUGGGAAUACUCUAGUGCUACCUGAACACAGAAGAGCUUCUGGAGAGAUGAGAAGUGAAACAUUAAGGCAGGAUCCUCGAAGUCGCCCCCAGUCUCUCUCACACACACAACCCAGAAAACUAACGCCCAAGGUGCCCAAUUCUGACUGGCGUUACUCUGCUUCACUUAGGGCUGGGAUGCAGAGCUCAGUGCACAUGGAGGAGUCGUCGGUGAUGCAGGGAGCGCAGGGGGUUCUGGUCCAGAACUGGCCGACCGUGUCUAGCGCCGCCGGAGAUGCUGAGGGUGGAGAGGUGUCCCCACCCAUGGGAGCCGGAGUGGACAGUAACAGCUGGCACUUCCGUUACGGCGCCGGCGGUCCUGGAGGACCCCCCCAGCACCUGAAGCCCGGCGAGGUCCCCCCCGAAGCCUUCAUCAUCCCUGGAUCGCCCGCCAUCAUCUCUAUCCGCCAGCAGGGAGGAGAGGACGACAAGAGCGACUUCAUCAGCUUCGGAAAGAAGGAGGAGGCCAAGAAGAAGAAGAAGAAGAAGAAGGAGAAGAAGGAUAAGAAGGAUAAGGGGAAGGAUGAUGAUGAGUAGAGGAGGAGGAGGAGGAGGAGGAGGAGGAAGAGAAGGAAGGGGAGCUGUUGAAACAGAGGUACCAACCAAAGUCCACCGGGAAACAAAAAUACAAUUAUUUUAGACCACAGGUGAAAAGAGAUUCCCAAUUCUACUUCAUAAUCUCUGGCUCAGUAACACAGACAGGCAGACAAAGUCUGCUGCAGUCUGCUCUAUACCCACCCCUGCAACAAAGAUAAUAGCCCAAAUCUCUCUGGUAAAAAUCGGGCUUUACCAAGAUUAUUGUAGAUUACUGUCGCCUCAAAAAUCUCUUACUGGGGUAAUUGAUUAAUCAUGCCUUGAUGAGAAAAAAACAACAGAUGAAUAAAUGUUCCACCAUGCCCCCAGGUGCCUAUACACCUUGAGCCAAACGAUUCCCUCCCUACUCUUCUCAGCGAGGGGACGAAAGCCACUGUCUCCCCUCACCCUCUGCUUUUCACCCUCCCACCCACGGAUACGUUGGCACCUCUGUCUUACCCCUUCCCACCAUGUUGUAUAAUUCUCUCUCUUUGAGAGGAAAAGAAAAUCCAACAGCCAGAAGAAAACAGCUCUGUGCCUCGGAAAGAGAGCAAAAAAAAAGAAGGAAAUGACGAGAAGAAAGUCAACUGAAGACGAGUUAAAUGUUGCUGAUUUAAGAGCUGGACACUCACACUUGUAAAUAGCACGGGAGAGAGUUGCUGAGGCUAAAGGCUAAAGGCUAAAGGCUAACACGGCACUGCUGCUGCUGCGGCUUCCUAUCGCGCUCUCUAGCUGUCAGUGUUCCCUGUGACGGCAAGGAAAACAUGGCUGUCAAGGACAAAACACAUACACGCUGACACACACUCGCUGUAACAACCCGGACACUGAGAACACCUGAGAACUGGAGAGAGGUCAAAAAAAAAAAAAAAAAAAAAAAUACAGGAGCAGCCAAGAAAACGACAUUGUGUUUAAUACGGAACGCAAGCUGUACAGAACGCAAGCUUUUUCCUAAGCAGUACACAUGUGUACAGUAGAUCUACUCUCUCAGGGUUGGCACAGCAGCAUCCCCUGCAGUUACUCCUGAUGGGUUCGCUCACUACUCUCUUUUGGGACAACGAGAUCCUUUUCUCUCACCCAAUGCAAACAGAUAGAACGAGGAAUGGAGAGACAGGAGGAACACUUCAGUCUCCUGAGAACGAAAGAGAGAAGAGUCCAGUUGAGUUGGCCUGUGAUCCAGCUUGUUGAUCUGAGCUCCGUUGGAACCUUGUAGAAUAGCAGGAGCGUCUCUAGCUAAAGAUGAUCUCUUCUACUCUCCCCCUGCCACUCAGCAAAAGCCUGAGGCUUUCUGCUCUGAAUGUUUGGUAGCAACCAUCACUUACCUGAUAUCCAACCUGAUCCCCCAUCCUCCACAUUCCCACCCCACCCUUUCCACUCCUUGCCCCUGCCCACACAGAUUCUCAUCCCCACCCUUACACCAACCACAGACUGCUUCUUCACAUGAUGAUGAUGAUGAUGAAUUUGUGAAACUUUUUCACUUUCUAUUUGUUCUUGGAGAAGACCCUCGAUUUCCUACUCUGUUUAGUUAGCUUUAACUGAUCUGCAGCGCUUCUGCUUGUCCCACCCACCUUGCCCUCAGCCUUUCUCUUUUCUCUGGCCGUGGACUCCCCCUCUAGCCCCAUGUUCUUUCAGGGUGAACUGGGAAGGCUGAACAUUGUGGUGUGCUGGGAACAGCAUGGAGUAAUGUGGAAGAGGCCUGAAGAACCCAGUCGGGACCGGGGGUCCAUUAUUCUGAGUUCUAUAACGCCAGCUGUCUCCAAGUGCAAAACGGUUGAGUGCUUUUAACUUGUGAAUACUACACUGUUCAUUCCUGUUUGUGGUCACUGGCGAGAGGGGACGAGGUGGGAUGGGGACAGGGAUGGGGUGGAUGUCUGGGACAUGGUUCUGAGAGCUAGGCUUAUCCUUCAUGUUCCUGGGUACACGUAUAUCUCGAAAUUGAUUGAUUAUGAUUGGUGAAUCAAAACAGUAGGUCAUCCAUUGGCUUUUAUGUACACGAUAAAUGUAGAGUUAGACUUGCUUUUUAUAUAUGUGGCCUGUGCAUUAAUAAAUGCAGUGUAUACUGCUAACUAUUACAUUAUUAAUGAAUAAAUAAGGGCAUCUAAGGAUUCCCACCCCACAGCUCUAUCCCAUCAAUCCCCUCUCAGGAGGUUUUGUAAUCAGCCCUGCUUCGAUUGGUUCCCCGUUCCCCUGCCUGUAUGUUGUUGCAACACCCCCCCCCCCCCCCCUCCAGGUUUUGCGGCUCAAUAUGACGUCACUCCACUAAAGCGGCUGCUGCAUGUUCGUCUCAAAGGAAACUCAAACAAUAUAGAGAUACAAUAUAUAUAUAUAUAGAAAUAGAUGGCUAUGAUUUUAUUGUUUCGUAUUAUAAUUUUACUUUAUGACUCCCACAGGAGAUAUGUGUAUGUACCGUCUCUGUCAUGCAUCUUCUACAUAUUACACCCUCCGCACUCCACAAGACAGUGGUGUUGUAUGACGUUAACUAAACCUUUUCGAUAUUUGUAAAUGCUGUUGUGUGAUGCCCUUGAUCUCAACUCUGUUCAUUUUGUUUAAUGGAAAUAAGAUUUUCGUUUUUGAGAACAAGCAACAACAACAACAAAAAAAAACGUUUUGUGUCCGGCUUUGACAUGAUGAUCUAACUAACACUGUAAUAUUGUAACUGAAAUAUGUAUGAUCCUGUGAUGAGCUAUCUCUUCCCUUUCAACAGAAAAAAAUAAAAAAAUAAACACGAAAAAAGAAGACAAUUCCUAUGUAAAAAUUGUAUAUGUAGUGUAUGCUUGUGUUUAGUGAGCGUUCACGCGGUCAUUCUUUU